GACACAGCGAAGACCAGCGACGCAGUGAUUCUUGAUUCAGUGAGUUUUGUAAAUCAGAGAUGUCUCACACUAUUUAUGAACAUGUGUACUACGCCAAGGAAAGAGGAAAGUGCAUUGAGAGGGUGGUGAAACUCCACGAGGACGCAGACGCUGUUAGUAGUCACAACAUCAAAACAAAGACGGUGGAUGGCAUGAAGACUCGACACACAGGACGAACCACUGCAGGGGACAGAUGUUACAAUCCAGCUGUGGCGUGUGUGCUGCUGCUGGGUUUUCUCCUGCUGACUGCUGUCACAGUACUGUGGGACAAAUUCAGCAUCUUCAACACAGAAUUAGACAAGUUACAGAGCACAUAUCACACUCUUAUAAUAGAGAGAGACCAAAUACAGACCAGUUACAAGCACCUCUCUUUAGAGAGAAAUCGGUUAUGGAUAAGGAAAAUUCAAAUGAGUUCAGAGAGAGAUCAUCUGAAGGGCAGAAAUAACAACCUGACAAUAAACAGAGAUGAACAAGAGGCCAAAAUUAUGAGCUUGGAAAAUGGAAUGAAGCAACUAGAGAAGAUGAUGGAUGAACUUCAAAACCUGUUGAACAAUAUUGAUACACAAACCCAAAUUGGAUGGAGAUACUUCAACUCUAGUUUUUACUACUUCUCUACUGGGAUGAAGAACUGGAUUGAGAGCACACAGGACUGUAGAAACAGAGGGGCACACCUGGUGAUCAUAGACAGCACAGCAGAAAAGUCCAUCCCUAAAUGGCUACUAAAGAGUGACAGGGCUUGGAUUGAUCUGAGUGACAGAGAGAAGGAGAAGGUGUGGAAAUGGGUGGAUGGAACAAAUAUGACAACUGGGUGCUGAAACAAAGGAGAACCCAACCAUAUGAAAAAGGAUGAGGACUGUGUUGAGAUUUUGGGCAGAAGUAAAAGCUGGAAUGACAGAUCAUGCUCUGAUCGUUUACUGUUUAUCUGUGAAAUGAACGCAUUUAAUUUGUGAGGUUGUGUCACGGCCACCACAAACGACUGCAUUUAAGCCUUUGGAAGUUCAGCUCAUGAUUAGAACCAUUUAAGGUAUUGAUGGUUUUAAAUUUAGUAACAAUGAUACAUGAUUUGUGAAAAUUUGCUGUUUUAACAGUAAAAAAGUUAACAAGUGAACUUAAGUUUGAAUUUCAGUAAAAUAUAUUAAUUACAGGGGGGCACGGUGGCUUAGUGGUUAGCAUGUUCGCCUCACACCUCCAGGGUUGGGGGUUCGAUUCCCGCCUCCGCCUUGUGUGUGUGGAGUUUGCAUGUUCUCCCCGUGCCUCGGGGGUUUCCUCCGGGUACUCCGGUUUCCUCCCCCGGUCCAAAGACAU